CCGAGGCACACUGCGGCUCGGCGCGGGCUCCCGGGCCCCGGCGCGCGGCUGCAAACUCGCGGGCACGCACGGCGCUCGCCGAGCCCGGGGACUCGGGGGAGGGACGUGCGCGGAAGGCGCCAGCCUCCUCCCGCCCGCCCCGGCCGCCGCGAGCCCGGCUCGGAGCAACCCGCGGCCCAAGCCCGGCGCAGCCGAGCGGCCGCGGCUUCCCCUUUCUCCCGCUGCGAGCCCCGGCGCGCCUCGGGGACGGGCCCUAAAAAGAGCAGGAAACCUUGUUUACCGCCCGGGGAGAAGGGCCGGCCGAGCCUUUGUCUGGAAAGUCAGCAUCUCCGGCUCCGGCCGCGGGGCGUUCCUGGUGCCAUUCGCCUUGGGGCAGACCCGCCGGAGAAGGGGGUCGCCAGGUUCAGGCGGCUCGAGGCGGGGGACUUUUUGUGCAUUUCGCUUGGAUUCUCGCAAAGCUCCUUCCUUUCCUCCCUUGCCCGCCACCGGGCAUGUCCUGAUCCGGCGGCCGCUCCUGCCGCCCGGGGCUGCGGAUCCGAGCGGCUUCCAGCGGGUCCCUCCCUGACUUUGCAACAGCGCGCUCGGCGAGGCCGGAGGCGGGGGAGCCCCGGACGCCCAGACCCGAGCCGUGACAUGCUCGCGGGCGGAGAGGAGGAAGCCAGGAGCUGAGCUGAGCGCGCCGCCGGGGCUGCUCCGCCCGCCGGCUCUGAGCGCAGGGCUCCGGGCGCCCUGCCCCGCGCCUGGGCGGCAGCCGCGUCCUUCGGGGGCGCCCCCCGCCCCCGCCGGGGGCCCGCGGCCGGCAGGACCAUGCUGCUGAAGGAGUACCGGAUCUGCAUGCCGCUCACCGUGGACGAGUACAAAAUCGGGCAGCUGUACAUGAUCAGCAAGCACAGCCAUGAACAGAGCGACCGAGGAGAAGGGGUGGAGGUCGUCCAGAAUGAACCCUUUGAGGAUCCUCACCACGGCAAUGGGCAGUUCACCGAGAAGCGAGUGUAUCUCAACAGCAAACUGCCUAGCUGGGCUAGAGCUGUUGUUCCCAAAAUCUUUUAUGUUACAGAAAAGGCUUGGAACUAUUAUCCGUACACGAUUACAGAAUACACAUGUUCCUUUCUGCCGAAAUUCUCCAUUCAUAUAGAAACCAAGUAUGAAGACAAUAAAGGAAGCAACGACCGCAUUUUUGACAAUGAAGCCAAAGACCUAGAGAGAGAAGUUUGCUUUAUUGAUAUCGCCUGCGAUGAGAUUCCAGAACGUUACUACAAAGAAUCUGAGGAUCCUAAGCACUUCAAGUCAGAGAAGACAGGAAGGGGACAAUUAAGGGAAGGCUGGAGAGAUAGUCAUCAACCCAUCAUGUGUUCCUAUAAGCUGGUGACUGUGAAGUUCGAGGUCUGGGGGCUUCAGACCAGAGUGGAACAAUUUGUACACAAGGUGGUCCGAGAUAUUCUGCUGAUUGGACAUAGACAGGCUUUUGCAUGGGUUGAUGAGUGGUAUGAUAUGACAAUGGAUGAUGUUCGGGAAUACGAGAAAAACAUGCAUGAACAAACCAACAUAAAAGUUUGCAAUCAGCAUUCCUCUACUGUGGAUGACAUAGAGAGCCAUGCCCAAACAAGUACAUGACAAUGGAUGAAGUCCGAGAAUUUGAACGAGCCACUCAGGAAGCCACCAACAGGAAAAUUGGCGUUUUUCCACCCGCAAUUUCUAUCUCCAGUAUCCCCCUUCUGCCUUCCUCAGUCCGCAGUGCCCCU